AUGGGGAAUGGGAAUCAGACGCCUUCAUCGAGGUUAAGCUGUUUCAUCUUUCUUAGAAACAGAACUCCUCUUUUCUUUUACCAAAAUGCAACGGCGGCCGAACCUUCAUCCUUCUUCUCCGAUCCGCUUCCUCUCGACGAGAGGCCACCGUAUCGAAAUCGUCCACCGAUUCACGUUGUUUCAUUUGAUCUCACUGUUUCCAAUCUCAGCCUUUGUUUAAAUGAACAAAAUGGAGAUUUCAAGGACGCCAGAUUUCGAAGGCUUUCCAAGAACAUUGAUGAUAGCGGUAUGAAGCAAAGUGAUGAUGAAUAA